AUGACUAAAAAACGAAUUGGCAUCUAUGGAAUCAACUGUGCAGGAAAAACAACUGUACUCAAUGGCUUAAAAGAAACUUUUGAACAUGUUUACGAAGGAUCGGAACUUGUCACUCGCAAUAUUACCCUUGAGAAAUUCAAAAAACUCGAUUCCGAAAGUAAAACAAGUCUUCGUAUAGAGGCCAUCAAACGAUUGAGAGAAAUUACCGACGACGCUAUUGUCACCGGUCAUUUUAGUUUUGCAAAAGUAUCACCUUCAAAUGAGGUAUAUUUCGAACCAGUCAUGACUGAUGCGGAUCGUAAUUAUUAUACGGACAUUAUUUACAUCGAUAUUUCACCAGGUGAUGUUUAUUGUCGACUCCAAAAAGAUGCAAAACGACGAGCAGAUCGUCCUCUUAUGACAGUUGAGCAAAUCAAACAAUGGCUAGAUUACGAGAAGAAAGAACUGGUAUCAAACUGCAUUGAGUCUGGCAUAAUAUUUCAUAAAUUCUGUCCUUUAUCUGAUAAGAACGCCAAUCUAGAAAUUUUAAUAAAACUCAUUAGGGACAUUCGUAGACAAACUGAAACCAAUAACGAGAUCAACAUUAAGGAGGCAAUCAAGAAGUUGACCUCUAAUUUAAAUAUAAAACCAAAAGUAUUUUUAUUACUUGAUGCAGAUCGGACGCUUAGUAAGAAUGAUACGGGAAUAUUAUUUUGGGAAAAGUACCAUGCAUCCACGAACGCCAAUGUCGAUGACUUUAGAGAAAACUUUAGGAAACAUGGACAUACUUAUUCCGCAUUCUUGCAAGCCGCUUGCAAGUAUUCCAGCUUAGAUGACCGUUUAUAUAAGUACCUUUGCAAAAAAGUUGUCGAAGAGACAGAAUUGCAUCCUGAGUUUAUCGGUUUUCUCAAAUCUGUUCUUGCCUCACCUUCGAGCUGCGUAGUCCCAAUUGUUAUUCUUUCGGGUAUAGUAAAUGUUUGGCAAACUUUACUUGAGCGCCACUUUGGCAAUAAAAUUCCUUUACUUGGAGGUAAUCUAUCUCCAAGUGGCGAAGAAUAUAUAAUGGAUGUUAAAUCUAAAGCACUAUGUGUAGAAAUAUUGAAGGACCUUUAUCCAGAUUCUAAGAUAAUGGCAUUCGGAGAUAGUGAAGUUGAUUUAGAAAUGUUAGCAUCAGCAGAUGAAAGUUUUUUGGUUGUGGAUUAUACUAAUAACAAAGCUCUAAGAAAGAGACUCAAUGAACAGAAAUACUCGUACUUAAAGAAAAAGCUGAAAAAGAUUUCAUUCCCAAAAAUAACGAAUGGACUGUAUGAUGAAAACGACGAAAUUCCCGCCAUCUCACUCGAAUCUAUCCUAUUUAAUCUAAUUUACCCGGCAAAUAUUUCCGAGUAUACUUUUUCGCACGCAUCAAGUCUUAUUGCAACUGCUUCGCGACGCAAAGAAAUCUGCGGCCUUGAGCUUUGUAAUAUACACGAAAAUAUCGGAUAUUUCAUGGCUAGUAAAGUUGUGGAAGACCUCAAAAUUAUCUCUGUAUCAAUAGAUCAUGUGCAAGGUCAUUCUGUGACAAACGGAUUCGCGUUAGAAAACGAGGUAGCAACCGGAAUCGUGGCAAUGAUGCGCGCAGGUGAACACAUGGCCAAGGGUGUUUGGAAAUUUAUGCCGAAUGUAUCAUUCAUUCACUAUAAAGAAAACAGUGAUUUGGAUAAGUACAUGGGUCACCUAGAGAGAAUAUUCGUUGUAGAUUUUGUAAUUAAUGAGGGAAAUACUAUGCGAGAUAUCCUGAAUUAUUUAAUUCGAAUUCAUCGAUUUAGUGGAAAGAUCAUUGUUAUUACUGGCGUAAUACAAGAUGUCACGGCCCGAAAAUUACCAUUAGAGUAUCCUGAGGUCUUAUUUUAUGCGUUAAGAACAUCCAUGAACAAAUAUAAAGGAGUUGGUGCGACUGAUACUGGUCAUCGACUUUAUAAUACUACUGUUGUUGAUUAG